UUGAGCUCACCCCCAACACAUGCUACAUCCCGCUUGAAAGGGGCACAUUACGCUAUCGAUGCGUGGAGCUUGUAAUCAAGUGCCCUGUGACCAGUGUGCUCUCAAUCUAUGCGGAGGUUAUUUUUGGAAGAUUGUCACACAGUUGAGCGGAAGUUGUCCACCUUAGCUACUAAGAAGGGGAGAUAAUUAAACUGAAAAAGGGAAAUAACUCUCCAAGAAUAUAUUCUGUAAAAUGAUGGAUCACUGAUACUCCAGAAAUGGACAUUUCUCCAACUGUGCGUUCACAAGAAUAUCAAGAUGGUGCAGAUCUGCACUUUCCCGACUUGAAGGAUGAAGAGUGUCAAGGCUCUUCCAUGGGUUUCCAUGAGAACUAUGCCAGAUUAAAAUAUGUUCCCUUGUCUUGGAAGAAGUCAGACUGAACACAAAUCUGGUUCUGUUGGAUUGAUGAUGAAUGGAACAGAUGGAUGUAAAACCAAAUGUAGACAAGCAUUCAGUAUCAGAAAUGGACAGUAGUACACUACAACCUGGGAAUUGUGAUAACCAGAAAUGUGUAUCGAAUACUUACAACAGGAAUGUAAACUUUCAACGAUCACAAAAUGUGGUCAUUAGUCAGACCUCUGAAUUAUCAGAACAUAAUAAACCAAUCUUUUCUGGUGGCAGUGAUCCCAUCAUAUCAAAAGGGCAAGAUGAUUCUGUGAUUAUGCAGAAUUCAUCAAGUUUGUUGUCUUGUGUUCCUAAUUUUGACCUCUUGGGAGACUCAGAUGAAGAGGAAGAGUCAGAUGGAGAGGAAGAAAGGGAAAGUUUUGAAAUUGAAAGUGAUGAUGGAGAGAACAAUAAUCAAAUCGUUUCUGGCGAUGGUGAACAACUGAUAGCACGUGGAGUUAACAGAGACCUCAGACCUGCCACCUCUGUCCCCAGUUUUGUCAACGGUGUCUCUAGAUUCAGCUUGAAUCGAGAGUUGUCGAGGAUUACACUACCUGGAGAUGACUUCACCAUAGGUUCUACUGCCCCAAGGGAGCAUUUCAGCACAGACUUACAAGAGGAUAGUGUCCCACUAUAUCAGCCACCUCAAAAGGUCUUCCAUGAUGUCAAGCCGGGAACCAUGAAGGAGUUAGAAGAGUUUGUUACCAAGAAAGUGUACCGAGCUACACCUAACACAGGGCUGCUAGUUAGUGAGAAACUCACUCCAGUAAAUAUCAGGGGUGAAUGGUAUUACAGAGAAAAAGAAGAAUACAGGAUACUUGAAGGAAUACAGCAUGCUAGUGUUUGUUUAUGUGAAGACCGUCAGUCUCACCAGAAGUUUGUACGGAAACUGCAGAAACGUGUCAAGUUUGAGGGUCAGAAGAAAUCUGUAUUAGUUCCUUUAUUGCACCAUGACAGUCCUCACAUAAUGGACAUCUAUGGACUCAUUGUCCUCCAGGAGGAAAUCCAUGUAUUCAUGGAAUAUUGUGAAGGUGGGCAUUUGGAACACAACGCACAUUAUUCUGUCAGUGAAGCUGCACAUGCUCUUCGUCAACUGCUACAGAGUCUGUCUUACAUUCAUAGCAGGGGGCUCGUUCAUGGCGACAUCAAGCCUGAAAAUAUCUGCCUCCGAAUACCAAAAGAUCUGACAUCUCUUUGCCUGAUUGACUUUGAGUUUGUCCGAACUCGGGAAUCUCCACCCCAGUUUAAAGGUUACACAUCUCAGUUUUUGCCUCCUUGGUGGGAAGCAAUAAAAAAAGAGGAGAAGUUCUCUCCCUUCUUGGUAACUAUGGACCUAUGGGCGACGGCAUGUGUGGCCAUUUGUCUGCUGACUGGCAAGAGGCCCUGGUCAAGUCAAGUUAAAGAUUAUAAGAAACAGUGUCAAAAAUGUCCACCCAACAGGAGAUGUUCUUGCAGCAGUGUAUUGAGGCAAAUCAUGAAUCAUAUCCGUUCUAAUGGCCAUACUAUUUUAAACCUGCUAGACACCAACAAACUCACUGAAACAGUAGAGGGGACGUUACUCUUAAUGACCUUGACCUUCCUGACCCAGCAGCACCAAGGUGACAGAGACAUCUGCAAAGCUGAGCAGGCCUUAAAGAUACUCAAUGGGGAGGAUGAGGUGGUGGAGAAAGUGGAGGUUGAGAUUCAGUACAAAGGCAGGCCGGUGUACAGGAGACAGGUGGAGCGAGGUACAUCUGUAGGACAGGUGCUCCAGAUGCAGGAUGUACAACAAAAGUUGAAAGAUCAUCCCAAACUGAAGGAAUGGACCUUGGCUCGGCCUCCAUCCGACCACUCCAUCAACAGCAAAUGCAUCAUCACAGUACAGAAGGGGGAUUCUACAUUCAAGAAGCUGAUGGACAAACUGCACUUCCUGGGAUAGAAUACAUAUUUGUCAUGGUGACACAAAGAGCUGUUCCAUCACAUAAUUUUUGUUUGUUGUUGUUUAACGCCACACUCAGGAAUAUUAAAGCUAUAUGAUGGCAGUCUGUAAAUAAUUAAUUCUGGACCAGACAAUCCAGUGCAUCAUGAGCAUCGAUCUACGCAAUAGGGAUACAACAUGCAUCAAACCAAGUCAGCGAGCCUGGUCACCCGAUCCUGUUAGUUGCCUCUUACAAGCAUGGGAUGCCGAAAACCAAUUCUUACCUGGAUCUUCAUAGGACCCAUCACAUAAUCAUGCAUGUCCGUUGAUGAAUGUUCUUGACAGGUUGAAGAAAGCUGGUCUGCAUUUUACUGACAACUACUAUUCAUAUCAUUCAGGGCAAGUAAAAGAUAACUCCAACUGCCAAUAUUUAAGAGAUAUCACCAAAUCUCAUUAAAAUCAGAUCUUAGUAUUUGCUGUCGCUUAACAAAGAUCUGAGGACAUCCCAUUAAGGGUUGCGUGAGACCGACCUUGCGAAUUUUGACCGACCAAUGGAAGGACUGACAAGAAGUCGACAUUAGCCUAUCAGAAGGUGGCUUUC